AACAUGACACAUUUUAUAAAUUUAUUGAACCCUAAAUAUUUCUUAUUUUUCUUUUUCCUCUGUCCCCUAAAACGAAAGACAAACAAAACAAAAAAGCCCUAGAUGCAUCAUCAAAGGAUGUACGGUCAAGACGGAGGCGAAGCUGCUCCGCCUUCAUAUGCUGGUGGUUAUGGAGGAUCUGGAGGCUAUGGCGGCGGCGGGGGUUACGCUGGUGGUGGCGGACGAGGUGGAAGUGGAGGUCAUGGGGGUCGUGGUGGAGGUGGAGGAUAUGGCGGUGGUUAUCAAAAUCGAGGAGGCGGUGGAGGCUAUCAAGGAGGAGAGCGUGCUGGCAGAGGUGGCGGCGGAAGAGGUGGUGGUCGUGGUGGAAGCGGACGUGAUGGUGAUUGGCUUUGCCCUAACCCCAGCUGUGGGAACUUGAACUUUGCAAGAAGAGUUGAAUGUAACAAAUGCGGUGCACCAUCUCCUGCGGGUGCUGGUGGUGAUCGUGGUAGUGGUAGUACUAGUGGUGGUUAUAGCAGAGGAGGUGGUGGUGGGGGAUAUGGCGGUAAUCGCGGAGGUAGAGAUGGGGGUAGAGGUGGUUAUGAUGGUGCGAGGAAUAAUAACUAUGAUGGAGGCAGAGGGGGAAAUAAUGAUAAUAGAAGCAGUGGUAGUAGAGGUGGUUCUUAUGGAAGUAGUCAAGGGGGAGAAGAUAGUGGGUAUGGUCAAGUUCCUCCUCCAGCACCCAAUUCUUAUGGUGGGAAUUAUCCACCUGCUCCUAAUACAUAUGGUGGGAAUGCAAAUUAUGGAAUGGACUCAGUCCCUCCACCUACGAGCUAUACUGGUGGACCUACAUCAUACCCUCCAUCUUAUGGUGGCCCUGUGGGUGGUUAUGCUGGUGAGGGUUUGAGUGAUGUGAGGACUGGUGGUCGUGGUGGACCUCCUGGUGGGUAUGGUUCUGGUGGUCCUCGAAAUCAGGGAGGUGGUUAUGGUGGUCCUCCUGUUGAAGCACCGGCUAAGAUCAAGCAGUGUGACGGCAACUGUGGGGAUUCUUGUGAUAACUCAAGAAUAUACAUAACAAAUUUGCCACCUGAUGUCACUAUUGAAGAAUUAAGAGACCUUUUUGGCGGCAUUGGACAAGUUGGAAGAAUUAAGCAGAAGCGUGGCUAUAAAGAUCAAUGGCCGUGGAAUAUUAAAAUAUACACAGAUGAUAAAGGAAACCAGAAAGGUGAUGCAGUUUUGUCUUACGAAGAUCCUCAGGCUGCCCACUCUGCUGGCGGUUUCUUUAACAAUCAUGUCAUGAGAGGCUAUACGAUCGGCGUGGCUAUGGCAGAGAAGACUGCGCUCAAAGUACAUGAUCAUGGAGGUGGUAAAGGUGGCUACGGAGGUGGUGGCGACAGGCGCAGGGAUAGUUACAGAGAUGGUGGUUCUGGGCCAGAUAGGCAUCUCCAUGGCGGAAAUCGUUCGCGCCCAUACUGAGAGGCUCUCAGCUUCAAGUAUUUUAUGCACUAGGAAUGUGGUCUAAGGGUUCUAGUUGUGUUGCAUUGACGGCAUUGUUCUUGAACAGGAGACUAAGAGGUAGGUUGUUCACUUGUCUGGGCAAUACCCCUUUUUUCUCCUUUUCCUCCUUUGUCUACUGUUUGCUGGGGGUUCUUUCUUUCUAGUUGUCGCAUUGAUUGAAUUUGUGUCAAUCUUUUAUAGAGGCAAGUGGAUUAACUCCAAAUUGCUUGCUGCUAAGGUAGGUUGAUAAUUUCAGGUGAGUGCGGCUCUUUCAAAUCACACAUUUACCCUUUUUGUUUGGUAGUUAGCCCUUGAUGGUGGACUUGAUUUUGUUUCCUGUCUGCUCAUCAUGGUGGAACAAGCUUGUUAUUUAUAUGCAUGCAUGGGUAUCUCUUAUAUUAAGUCUUUAUGCCUUAAUGUUGUCAAAUUAGCUUGGUUUGGGCUUGAAAUUUGUCAUGUUGCCAGUGUUGUCAAGGUGUGCGCCAUGUGCCUUAUCAUUAUCCAACAAAAAACGCCUCAAGACACUUCCAGGCUAGGUCCAUUUGAUCAGGUGCAUGCCUGAUGCGCCUAGCCAUGCCUUCUUGUAGGGCUAUAGGCAUAAUUUUCUGAUUUUUCAUUUUAUAUAUCUCUAAUAGUAAGAAAUUUAUCCAUCUCAAACUCAAUACUUGAGCAUUCAACAUCAUGGACCAUAAAGGAAUAAUGCAUAUUGACUAAUAAAGAAAUUGCAUGUUUCAUGGAUAAACUAGACCGCACUUUAGAGACUGUAGAUCCUAAGCUUUAUUAUGCAGACACACAUGACUUCCAAAAACUCAUACACUUUCAUGAGGGUUGUGCUUUGUGCCAAAGGCAAUACAAGGGUUCUAGCACCUAGAGUGCAUCUUUUGCCCUAAUUAAAAACGAGUUAAUGGCUUUGUACAUAGUUGAUUUGCUAAAUAAGAAGUUGGGAAUGAUGAGUGGUUGAAACGGCAUUGGAUGAUUGAAUAUACGCUUGGUGGUGGCAGCUGUGGUAUUGGUGAAGUAUUUGAAAUGCAGAACAAUGGCUGGAGGGUUGUGCCAUGCCUUCAUGAUCUGGUUUUGUUGUAGCUUUGAGCUUGGGAUAUGGCAGCAACUUGUGAUGCUGCAUGUUGUUGUUUGAUAGUUUUAGUACAGAUGGUGGUCGUCAAGGAUAUUCUCAAGUGUUCUGUCUAGAAUAUCUUAAAUCUUUAUGCAUUUAGCUCCACUGUUUAUUUUGUUGAGGCACAAUGUUCCAAAUUUAUCAAUGGGAUUGCUGCUGCUUUUUAAAUAA